AUGGAAUCAACAGUUGAUACAUUAAUAAAAGAUCUACGUUAUCAACUUAAUUUUAUUAAAAUUGAUAAUUUAGAAUUAAAAGAAAUUAAACAAGACCUGGAUGUUUUUAAAAAAAAAAUAAGCAUAACUCGUAUUAAUGAAUUAUUAAAGAAAAUUUCAAAAGAAAAAGAAAAUGAUAUAAAUUGGCUAAUAUUAUCAUUUUGUACAAUUAAUGUUUAUGAACAUUUUCUAAAAUACUUAUUUAAACAUAUAUUACCUAUUUCUGAAGGACUUAUCUAUUGGAAUAGAAUUGCUUCAAGUCCUUGGUUGUCUAUGAUUUAUCUUUUACAGACAUUGCCGCUACGGAUUUUCUUAUUUAUUCGUCAAAAUUACAUUUUUUCUCAAAAUAAUCUUUCUUUUCAAGUUUUUAGAAACAUAAAAAAACAUAUUCAAAAUAGAUCACUUUUUCAUAAAAUAGCAUUUCCUAAUAUAUUUAUACAUGAAAGAUCGCAAUUGUUACCUAUUUAUGGUCUUAUACGUCAUGAAAUUAUAGAAAAACAAAAAUAUCUUUUAAAAUUACAAAAACAAAAGGCAAUAGCUAUAGGUCAUCUCAUGAACAUUGACUUCAACUUAGAAAAAAAUUGGAAAGAAAUCACAGUCAAAAGAAUUCAACUUCUAUCUAAUUCAAUAUCACAAAUAUCUGAAAAAAAACCUGAAACGUUUUUUCCUAAUUCAUUAAGUUCUACUGCUACUUUUCUAAAUGAUAUAAUAAAUAAUAUUACUCAAAUUCAGAAUAUGUCCUCAUUAUAUAUACGUAACCAUGGCCGUCCAUCUAUAUUUAUACGAUACUGGCUUCCAGUUUUAAUUUUUUCUUUCUCAGCAUCUAGUAUUUUUCAAAUUGUAUUAUCUAAAAAAAAAGCACUAUCUGAAUGGCUUAAAGAAUUUAUUAAAAUGUCAAUAAGUUUUUGGAAAAACUGGGUUAUUUCUCCUAUUGAGAAAAUUGUUAGUAUAAUUCAUCAUGAUAGACAAAGCGAAAUUGCACUCAUGAGUAAAAAAAGUCUUGAAACUGAUUUACAAAGUCUUGAAAGAAUGGUUGUAGAUUUUGCUAUAGAUAACCCAGCUUAUUCACGAGGAAAAAGUAUGCAAACACUAAGGGAAAAUGUAAGAUUAGGAGAUUUAACUUCCACAUUAUUAGCAUAUGAGAAACAUAUGAAAACACCGAUAAAAUCCAUAGUAACAGGGAAAUUAAUUCGUAGUUUACUUAUUCAAAUACAAAAAACAAAAGUUGAUGUGGAAGUUGUAAUAAAUGGGAUAGAUAAAUUAUUAAAAAGUCAAGAACUCGUAUUUGGUUUUGUUGGAGUGAUGCCGGGACUAACAGUAUGCUACCUUAUAUUAAGAUAUUUUUUUGGUAUUUGGAACAAAAGAAACAUUGCAAAAAAAAGACUAAAAACUAAAAUUCUUCCUAGUUUAAGAAAUAUCGAACGUAUUCUUCUUAUGAGCAAUGACCAAGAUACCCUUUCUUACUAUAAUCAAGGUCUUCUACUAUGUGAAGUUCAGAUUCUUCGCUCAUAUGCAUAUACUCUUCCUGCAAAUGUACAUACAAGUUAUCUUCAAGAUUUGCAUGAUCUUGAAAAUACAAAAACGCUUAAAAUAACUAAUCAACUACGUGUUGUAGAUCGUAUUUUAAGACUACUUCAAUAAAUAUGAGAAUACUAUUCC